GUGCCGCGUACCGUCAUUCGUUCGGCGUGGCACGCGGCGCGCACAACGACUGUUGAACAGUGUGGACGACGGCGAGAGACGUGUAUCCGUGGGCCGUUGCCGUAGGUACGCGAAAACCGUUUUGCACACAACCGUGCGUGCGACCAACCGUCUCGAUCUUCGCCCGGCCGAUCCGCGCGUGAGACAUGUGACCGCGGCCCACACAUGAUUGGCGGCGAGUUUCAGAACUUUAGCACCGCAGCCGCCGCCGCGGUGCAUUACGCGGCCGGUCCACCGUUGUACGACGGACAGCCGCGGUACAACGGUCCGCCGCUCGCGUACGACUUUGCCGGGCAGCAACCGGCGUACGAUUCGGCGGCGGGCCUGGCGUACGGCACCGGUCAGCGGGCCGCGCCGUACCAACCGGCUUACCGGUCGCCUUACGCGCCGCCGCCGCCGACGCCGCAGCGGCUGCCCGACAGAUACAGGGAGGCGCCGCCGGUGCCCGACCGCGACAAGCCGCCUCCGUUGCAGUACGCCAGAGUGCUGGGCGGCGCGUACGGAGGUAAAACGUCGGUGCACGCGGUGUUGGACUACGACGAAGAGGAGCAGCCUUUGGACUACUACGCGGACGGGUCGUGGUACGAUCACGGCAACAAAGUCACCCCGAUCCAAGGGCCGAUAUUGUUGAGAAACGGCACCGUGCCGGUUGUGCCGCUGUACGGGUACCAAAAGGUCAGCAACGGGUCUCUGCUUCAAAUACCCAUACUUUGGACUGCCCUGUCGUUUGCGCUGGGAUACGAAAUCGGCGGCAACGUGAUCCGCGGUACGCCGUGCAUUAAGAAAAACCACCAACUCUUUUGCCCAACUGCGGGGAAAAGUUACCCAGUUGAUCGAAUUGAGAAAUUUAUCGACGAGAACAAAGCGCUGAUGAAACGGAUGUACGGCGAUUUCGAAAUGAUGGAAAACGGACCGUUUCCCAAAGCCAAACGGUCGACGGCCCGAAAGAGAAGACAGGACAACGGUGGAUUCGCCGACGAUCAAACUAAGGCCAACAAGCUGCCGACCAAAGGACAGCCGGCAGACUCCGGAAGAAUAGACUCGUGUGAAUCCAAAGUGGAAGUGGUCACUCCUUAUUGGGCUUCUAAUAGCGUGGGCAAGACUAGAGCAAUUGUCAACACCGAACAUUUCGAACAAGCCAUUCACCAAGAAGUUUGCACCAAGACACUGACGUCUCGUUGUUCCGGCGACUGUGGCUGUGAACAAAAAUACAAAUGGCACAGACUGUUGGCCUAUGAUCCCGACAACGAUUGCAAAGGCAUAUUCAUGGAUUGGUUUUUGUUUCCCUCGUGUUGCGUAUGCCGAUGCGAUCCGACAGUGCUGGCAACGUCCAACAACGGUUGAAUACUUUGCUAUUAAAAUACAUUUUUAAGUAAAAAUUGUUUAUUUUUUUCCAUUGUACACAGUACACAUUGCAUUCCGACUGGAUGUUCUAGUGGGUGUAUUUUAAGUAAAGCGUAAAAAUACAAAUUAAAAAAAAAGAAAAUAAUUAAAAUUACCCGCAAGUCCUUUUUUUUGUUUAUUUUGUAUACAAGUAUUCUUCACCCGUAAGUGGUAACAUUUUUCAUUUGACAAAAAAAAAAAAACAAUUAUUAUUAUAUUUAUAUAUAGAACUAGGUAUUGUUUUUAUGUAUAAAAAGAGUGUUGUUCGAACGUGAACAAGAAAUGUUCGUUUAGAAAAAUAAUACUGCAUCACUAUGUAUUUGUAUUAGGUGUAUAAGUAGUAUUAAGUUAUCUAAUUUAAGGAAUGGUAACGUGAAAAAAACAAUUGUUGUUGUUGUUAAUA